CUCGAUGGCAAAUAUCGCGGGGUAUCGAGCUGUUCUGGAGGCGUCCAAUCAUUUUGGCAGGUUUAUGACGGGUCAAGUUACAGCUGCAGGAAAAGUAAGCAAGUCGGUACCCCUCAUUUUCACUUACUCACAGGUCCAAUCAGAUCCCUCCUUGCAAAGUCCUGGUCAUUGGAGCUGGAGUUGCAGGUCUGAGUGCCAUCGCUACAGUAAGUCUCCUCACUCUGUCCUGUGACACUGUGUAAACAUUUCUAGGCCCGUCGACUCGGUGCAAUCACUCGCGGUUUCGAUACUCGCCCAGCAGCCCGUGAACAGGUCCAGUCCCUCGGAGCGGAAUUCAUCGAAGUAGAAAUCGAAGAAGAUGGCUCGGGAGCAGGUGGAUAUGCAAAGGAGAUGUCAAAAGAAUUCAUUGAGGCCGAAAUGAAGCUCUUCCUUGAGCAAUGCCGCGAAGUAGAUAUUGUGAUCACUACUGCAUUGAUCCCUGGAAGACCUGCACCGAAACUCAUUACGGAAGAGAUGCUCUUGGCCAUGAAACCCGGAAGUGUGGUUGUUGAUUUAGCCGCCGAGAAUGGUGGGAACUGUGUUGCUACGGUUCCGGGGAAGCUGGUUCAUCAUCAUGGUGUAACAGUCAUUGGAUACACCGAUCUGCCCUCCCGUUUACCAACCCAGUCCUCGACUCUCUAUUCGAACAACAUCACCAAAUUCCUCCUCUCUAUGAACCCCGAAGAUGGCAAAUUUGGUGUUGAUCUCAAGGAUGAAGUUGUCCGUGGAUCUAUCGUGACAUACAAAGGCGACGUCGUACCGACUGCACCUCGACCAUCACCACCCCCAGCGAAACCAGUCAAUCCAGCUGCCGAUACCAAACAAGUCGAAGAAGUAGCCAUCACACCAUGGCAGAAGACUUCGCGAGAAGUGGCUACUGUGACAGGUGGUAUGGGAAUGGCACUUGCUUUGGGAAAAGCUACUGGUCCCAUUUUCAUGGGCAAUGUGUUUACAUUUGCUCUUGCUGGACUUAUUGGUUAUCGGACUGUUUGGGGUGUUACUCCUGCUCUGCAUUCGCCUUUGAUGAGCGUUACAAAUGCUAUUUCUGGCAUGGUCGGUGUUGGUGGAUUCUUCAUCAUGGGAGGUGGUCUCGUCCCUCAUACCAUCCCACAAGCUCUAGGCGCUUUGUCCGUCCUUCUAGCAUUCGUAAAUGUUUCAGGUGGAUUUGUGAUUACCAAACGCAUGCUGGAUAUGUUCAAGCGUCCAACUGAUCCUCCCGAAUAUCCUUGGCUAUACGCAAUUCCUGGUGUCCUUUUCGGUGGUGGCUAUCUCGCUGCUGCUAGCACUGGUAUGGCUGGACUUGUUCAAGCUGGAUACCUUGCAAGUUCUCUGCUUUGUAUUGGUUCACUGUCCGGUCUUGCAUCUCAAGCUACUGCUCGACAGGGUAAUAUUUUAGGCAUUCUCGGCGUUGGGAGCGGCAUUCUUGCAUCACUUGCUGCUGUUGGUUUCCCAGUCGAGGUAUUGAUGCAAUUUGGAAUGGUUGCUUCUGUUGGUGGUAUUCUAGGUCUCAUGAUUGGUCGUCGAACAACCGCUACAGAUCUACCUCAGACAGUCGCUGCUCUUCAUUCUGUUGUCGGUUUAGCAGCAGUGUUGACAAGUUAUGGAAGUGUCAUGGCUCAUAUCGGAGACAUCUCAACAUUACAUCUCGUCGCUGGGUACCUUGGUGUUCUCAUCGGUGGUGUAACCUUCACUGGAUCAGUCGUCGCUUUCCUUAAACUCGCUGGACGAAUGUCUUCCAAACCGAUCAAACUUCCAGGUCCUCGUCACGCAAUCAACUCUUCACUCCUAGGUCUCAAUGUUGCUACCAUGGGUACAUUCCUCGUCAUGGCACCAGGCUCACCCAUCAUUGCUGCUUGCUGUUUGGCUGGAAAUGCAGUUCUUAGUUUCUUGAAGGGAUAUACUACGACUGCUGCUAUUGGAGGAGCUGAUAUGCCCGUCGUCAUUACCGUCUUGAACGCAUAUUCCGGAUUCGCUCUCGUAGCCGAAGGAUUCAUGCUGGAUAAUCCACUACUCACUACCAUCGGCGCACUAAUAGGAGUAUCCGGAUCCAUCCUCUCAUACAUCAUGUGUGUAGCCAUGAAUCGCGGUCUAAGCAACGUCCUCUUCGGCGGUAUAGCACCAACCGAUAACAGCGAGUACAAGAUCGAAGGGUCAAUAACCAAGACCAGUGUAGAUGAAGUCGCUGAUGCUCUAGCCACAGCAGAAAGUGUGAUUAUCGUUGUCGGGUACGGCAUGGCUGUUGCGAAGGCUCAGUAUGCUAUAUCGGAUAUUACGAGGAUGUUGAAGCAUAAGGGUGUUAAUGUUAGGUUUGCUAUCCAUCCUGUUGCGGGUCGUAUGCCGGGUCAAUGUAAUGUCUUGCUCGCAGAAGCUAGUGUUCCAUAUGACAUCGUCCUCGAAAUGGACGAAAUCAACGACGACUUCAACGACACGGACCUCACGGUCGUCAUCGGCGCCAACGACACGGUCAACCCGAUCGCGCUGGAGCCCGGGUCCAGCAUUGCCGGGAUGCCCGUCCUGCACGCGUGGAAGAGUAAGCAGGUCAUUGUUAUGAAGAGGGGGAUGGCGAGUGGGUAUGCGGAUGUCCCGAAUCCGAUGUUUUAUAUGCCCGGCACCAAGAUGCUGUUUGGUGAUGCGAAGGAUAGCUGUGAUGCUAUCAAGAGUGCGUUGGAGGCGAGGGGGAAGAUGUAUGAUAUCUGAGCUGGGGUCGGGGCUCAGAUAGACUCGCUUAGUCAGUCGCAUAUUUCUGGAUGGGAUGUGAGGUUGGGGAUAAGAAAUGAGAAAUGAAAUUAUGGAUGGAUGAGAGGAUGAUGGGUGGGAGGGGGAGUGGCGUGUUGUUGGGAGGAGUGGGUUGAGAGACCACUAUGAAGGGAGAGGGUUUGGUUGGAUGGGUGGGAUGAAUGAGCGACGAUGAUUUCGUUGGGGAGCAGGAGAUGCUGAUUUUGACUUUGAUUUUGAUUUGGACUUCAUUCUUGCUUUUCAUCGUCACGUUCAAGGAUGGAGGGAGUUUGUAGGCGUUUUUUCUUUCUUUUCUUUCUUGGUCCUUCGCAUCUGCAUCUGCAUCUGCAUGCGUACAUUCGUCUGAGCCAAGCACAGCACAUCACGUAUAUAGCUAGCUACAUCAUGGUACAGAACUUUAGGUCCAGCACAGCAGAGCACAGAACAUUAGGUAUAUCAUAGUACAUACUAUUGUCAGGCACGUCAUAGUAAAGCAGAGCACAGAAAGUUACAUAGGUACUUCAGUACACCGUGGUACAGCAUAGCAUGGUGCAGUAUAGCAAAGCGGAGUAAAGCACAUACAAUGCACAUAGGUAC